AUGGAUGGAUCAAAAGCGCCUCACGUUGCCAUGUUACCGAUUCCGGGAAUGGGUCACCUCAUCCCAUUGGUCGAGUUAGCUAAACGAAUCGUUUACCAUCACGGGUUCGCCGUUACUUUGGUCGUUCCUGGCGAAGGUCCACCGUCAAAAUCUCAAAGAAAUGUCCUCGAUUCUCUCCCUUCUUCAAUCUCCUCCGUCUUCCUCCCUCCCGCCGAUCUCACUGAUCUCCCGUCUUGCAUCGCAACUCGGAUUUCGCUCACCGUGACUCGUUCAAACCCGGAGCUCCGAAAGGUCUUCGACUCGUUCGCAGCGGAAGAUCGUUUGCCGACGGCGCUCGUGGUCGAUCUGUUGGGUACAGACGCUUUCGACGUCGCCGUCGAGUUCCACGUUUCGCCGUUUAUUUUCUACCCGUCAACGGCCAACGUUUUGUCGUUUUUUCUCCAUUUGCCUAAACUUGAUGAAACGGUGUCGUGUGAGUUCAGAGAUUUAACCGAACCGGUUAAGCUCCCCGGAUGUGUACCGCUACACGGGAAAGAUUUAAUUGACCCGACUCAAGACCGGAAAACAGACGGAUACAAGUGGCUUCUACACAACACCAAGAGGUACAAGGAAGCCAAAGGGAUUCUUGUGAAUACCUUCUUCGAGCUAGAGCCAAAUGCUAUAAAGGCCUUGCAAGAACCAGAACCGGGUCUUGAUAAACCACCAGUUUAUCCUAUUGGACCGUUGAUUAACGUUGGUAAGCGAGAGGGUGACGACCAGAUGGAAGAGUCUGAAUGUUUAAAGUGGUUGGAUAACCAACCUCUCGGUUCGGUUUUGUAUGUGUCCUUUGGUAGUGGUGGUACACUCUCAUCUGAGCAGCUCAAUGAACUUGCUCUUGGUCUUGUGGAUAGUAAAGAACGGUUUCUUUGGGUCAUAAGGAGUCCGAGUGGCGCCGCUGAUUCGUCUUAUUUCGACUCACAUAGCCAAACCAAUCCAUUAACAUUUUUACCACAAGAAUUUUUAGAAGGAACAAAAGGUAGAGGUUUUGUGAUCCCUUCUUGGGGUCCACAAGCCCAAAUAUUAGCUCAUCCAUCCACAGGAGGAUUUUUGACCCAUUGUGGAUGGAAUUCAACAAUGGAAAGUAUAGUAAACGGCGUUCCACUCAUAGCAUGGCCAUUAUACGCUGAGCAAAAGAUGAAUGCGGUUUUGUUGGCUGAAGAUAUCCACGUGGCACUUAGGGCACGUGCGGGAGACGAUGGGGUAGUGAGAAGAGAAGAGGUAGCUAGAGUGGUGAAUGGAUUAAUGGAAGGUGAAAAAGGUAAAGGGCAAAUGGAAGGUGAAGAAGGUAAAAGAGUGAGGAAGAAGAUGAAGAAAAUGAAAGAAGGAGCUUGUAGGGUGAUGCAAGAUGAUGGGUCCUUUACAAAGAUCUUUAAACAGUUAGUCUUGUGA